UCACCGACUUCCAAUUCUGGUGACUUGUAGGCAUUGGAGCUGCAAUGAUGAGUAGCUCAAGCUAUUCAGUAAAAAUUUCCAUGGGAAUUGUUGCAGCAAAUCUGGUACUAGGUUUGUUAUCACUUCUCGCUCAUUCAAAGAUUGUAGUACUUGCAGAAGAUAACUUGAUUUUUAAGACCUCUAUCCUCGCUGGAGUCUCUUUAAUGGUGUUUCAAUAUUCCUCAGAAGAAACUCUACAAUACUUUAAUGUGGCGAUUGACUUGACAGGAUUUGUAUAUGGAUGAUUUGAAGUAUGUCAGUUUAUCAAUCUUUCAUUUUUUAUAUCCAGAAGGAUCUAUUAUGACAGACCAAGAAUUUACCAGCUUCCAUUUCUCAUUUCAACUACUCUCUUUUGAGGAAGUUUGAUAUGUGCAGUCUAUCUCCAUUUUAUAAGUUUGUCUGAUCCCCAGAACGGAACCAAAGAAUUCCUCUUUAUAUUUUGCUGAAUCUUGGGAUCUAUCGCCUGCUUAUGUAUCUGAAAUUUCCUCAAAAAGUCAGACUCAAAUAUCUUAAAUGGAGGUUUAUUCUGCCUUUUCACUGCACAUAGUGCAUUGAUGGUUUUAAACGAUAAGUCAAAUCCACAGAAGUCAAAUCUACCUUUUAAACAUGCCGCAAUGGACAUUUUUAAUAAUUUAGAAUCCAGAUUGACAAAAUUGUCUGAAAAAUUAGCAAAAUAUCUGCCGAAUUUCCUUGCUGAAAGAAUCCCUGCUUUUGAAAUUCCAGAAUUGGUCGAGAACACUCUCAGAAGUAGAAGGAUAUCCAGCCUGUUAGGUGUGGUUCUGAUAUUGACAACACCCUUGACUAAAUAUGAAUGGUUCAAAGAUGGUUCAGUCCCUACUAAGUUUGAGGAUCGUUAUGAUAUAUUUGAAGCUCCAGAGAAUUUAAUUACGUGGAAACAGAGGAAAUCUCAGUGCUUUGAGUACCUCUAUCAUGCAUUAGUGCUGCUGAUUGCUGCCAAUCAUGCACUAAGCGUCAUGGAACCUGCCAGGUAUAGUAGGUAUUCAAGCAGGACAGAUCUUAUAGCAUCAUUUUCAACAGUGGUUGGUAUAUCUUAUUUUGUGUUUAAGCUGAUGGUAAGUCCUAAUCUGAAUUAAGAUUCCACAAAUCU